ACAAUUACUUCAUUGUGUGUUUAUUUGUGGUUUAGUUUAAAAACGACUGAAUAUGGCAAUUGCACUUACUAUUUUAAUAUCGGUUUUAGUCAUUUUGGGUAUAAUAAAGAUCUAUAAUAUAUUAAAAGCAAAGUCAUGUUCUAGUAAAGUUUCUCUAGUUGGAAAAGUUACAAUAGUAACUGGUGCCAAUACAGGAAUUGGAUUUGAAACUGCACUUAACUUUGCUACUAGAGGAGCUAAAGUCAUUUUAGCAUGUAGGGACCUUGAAAAAGCCGAAGAAGCUAAGGAUCGCAUUAUAUCUAAAACUGAAAAUAAGAAUGUUGUUGUCAAGUCACUUAAUCUAGGUUCAUUACAAUCUGUUAGAGAUUUUGCAAAAGAUAUUAAUCAAAAUGAAGAAAGAUUAGAUAUUUUAGUUAACAACGCCGGUAGUGGUGGUCUCAACCAUAAAUAUACUGAAGAUGGUUUAGAGCUAUUAAUGCAAAUAAACUAUUUUGCUCCAGUUUUGCUUACAAUUUUGUUAACAGGGUUACUAAAAAAAUCAGCCCCCAGCCGAGUAAUAAACGUAUCAUCUAUAAUGGCGAAAAAUACUAAUUUAACACCAGCAAAUAUAAAUGAUCCACCGCCAGGUCCAUAUAUUAGUUACGGCAACACUAAACUCGCAAAUAUAUUAUUUACAAUCAAACUGGCGGAAAUUUUAAAAAAUUCAAAUGUCACUGUUUACUCCCUUCAUCCUGGAGCAGUACAGACUGAUAUAUUUAGACGAAUAAAAGGAUUCAAGAGACUUAUUUUCAUGCCAGUCUAUCGAAUUUUUUUUAAGACAGCGGAACAAGGAGCUCAAACUAGUCUUUAUACUGCUUUAGAACAAGGUUUGGAAAAAUAUUCCGGCUGCCAUUUUGAAGAAUGUAAGAGGGUUGAGAGAUAUCCUGUUGCAAAUAAUCCUGCACUGGUAGAUGGUGUUUGGGAAAAGACGGUAGAACUAUUAAAAUGUCAAAAGGAAGUUUCAGAACUUAAAUAAAAUAAUUAAAGUUUUUUUGUAAUGUGUUAUAUCUGUUAUUUAUAUUUACUAAUUAAAAUCGUACCCGUUAUGUAUUAUGCG